GGUGCAGAGUAUGAAGUCUUGGAUGAUUCUCAGGAGCAUUGGUGGAAAGUUAAGGACGAGAAUGGAUCGAUCGGCUAUAUUCCUAGCAACUACGUUAAAGAGAAGGAAUUAUUGGGACUGCAGAAAUACGAAUGGUACGUAGGUGAUAUGUCAAGACAACGCGCCGAGUCAUUGCUAAAACAAGAAGAUAAAGAGGGCUGUUUUGUCGUUCGUAACUCGUCGACGAAAGGGCUUUACACACUCUCACUUUAUACAAAAGUGCCACAUCCCCACGUGAAGCAUUAUCACAUCAAACAAAAUACCCGCGGAGAAUUUUACUUGUCGGAAAAGCAUUGCUGCGGCUCCAUUCCCGAUCUAGUUAAUUAUCAUAGACACAACAGCGGUGGUCUAGCCAGUCGAUUAAAGACCAGCCCCUGCGAUCGUCCUGUACCACCGACUGCCGGCCUCAGUCAUGACAAAUGGGAAAUCGACCCAGCGGAAUUACAUUUGUUGGAGGAGCUUGGGUCUGGCCAAUUUGGAGUCGUGCGGAGAGGAAAAUGGCGCGGCUCUAUCGAUGUCGCCGUGAAAAUGAUGAAAGAAGGAACCAUGUCCGAAGAUGAUUUUAUAGAAGAAGCUAAAGUAAUGACAAAACUGCAACAUCAAAACCUAGUCCAGCUAUACGGCGUUUGCAGUAAAGAUAGACCAAUAUAUAUUGUCACGGAAUACAUGCGACAUGGAUCUCUUCUCAACUACCUCCGCCGUCACGAAACCUCAUUAGGUGCAAACGUUGGCCUCUUAUUAGAUAUGUGUAUACAGGUUUGCAAAGGAAUGGCAUAUUUAGAGAGGCACAACUAUAUACACAGAGAUCUUGCAGCACGUAAUUGUCUGGUGGGAUCGGAAAAUGUAGUAAAAGUUGCAGAUUUUGGUUUAGCUAGGUAUGUACUCGAUGAUCAGUAUACCAGUAGCGGUGGCACUAAAUUUCCUAUUAAAUGGGCGCCUCCGGAAGUUUUAAACUACACGCGCUUCAGUUCGAAAUCGGAUGUGUGGGCAUACGGAGUACUUAUGUGGGAAGUGUUUACGUGCGGAAAGAUGCCUUACGGUCGCUUAAAGAAUACGGAAGUCGUUGAGCGAGUGCAGCGAGGAAUUAUUUUGGAACGACCUAAAGCAUGUUUCAAGGAAGUGUAUGAGGUGAUGCGCAAAUGCUGGGCUCACUCUCCGGAAGUACGACCGUCCUUCCGCGUCCUGAAAGAGCAGCUGAUUAGUGUCUCCCAAGGAUUGGUCAACGAUUGACUCAACCUUCUGCGGUGUAUGCGCCUGUCCUCACCAUCCUGCCGAUCGAUCCGCUCGACGGCAAAAUCGUCGCCGUCAUCGGAACGAUUGCCCUCUGCCGGUCUAUCCUCGUCAAACUUGCCGUACAAUUCAGCAACGUUGCCGUUGCGCAAGACACGCGCGCCGGCUUCCCCGCCGCCUUCCACAAUCGAUUUCCCUCGUCGUUUCUCAUCGACUACGUGCAAAUCAAAAAGAGAGGGCUCCUCGUCGCCGAAUACACCCGGGCAUCAAGCUAGUCAACAAAAACCAUCUUCGAGCUCGACUAAUAACGUGUGUGACGUUUGCAGUUCCUACGGACAUCCGUGGAUUGAAAUAUGCAAGGCGAUACGAG